AUGACAGAACAAUUAGCUACCUUAAUUGAAAAAGGAAAGGAUUUGCAAAUAUUGCGCCAAAUAACAACGGCCACACAUUCACCACACGCAAACGCUGAUAUUAGACCCGAAGACUCAGUGAGCAAUGCCGGCUCACACGAUGGUUCUAGACUUUCGACAUGCUCGCGUGCAAGCUCAAAAUCAUCAAUAAGAAGCUCGGCUAGCGCAAAAUCCAACACAGCCGCGAGAAAAGCAAUUCUCAAGGCCGAAGCCGCGGCAUUAGAACGCCUCUAUGCCAUACAAGAAGAAGAGCUACAUUUGCAACAAAGAAAGAGACAAUUAGAGUUGCAAACAUCUAUCGCUAAAGCCAACGCAGAAGAACGAGUCUAUGCUGCGGCGCAAGCCGAAGCAAUGAACAAUUUAUACACUGUCAAUGACGUCGAAGAUGUCUCCCAGCAGGAGGUGACCUUCUCCUAG